UGUUUUUGUGCCGCCCAGAAAUAGAAAAUUAAUACUAUUUACAAGCAGAUGGCAGUUCACUAAUCGCAACAAUAAUAAUAACAAUAAUAUUUGUUAAAUUAUAAUUGGCCUGAGUCAAUAGAAAAUAGCAAAGAGAGCGCUGUUGCACUAAAUACGCCAGCGUGCCCAUCCGUGUGUCCGCGUUUGUUUAUUUGCAUGUGUAUGUGUGUUGUGCGACUGGAAAGUGUGAUUCAGUUUGGCAGUCAGCUUCGACUCAUUUAUCUCUAAUAUUGCAAAGAAACGGCUUUGCCAGCUGUGAAUUCAACUUCAAUCCAUUGCUAAGGCGAUCGGAACAGCGCAGCCACAGCCGUGAGAAGCCAACGACAACAAGACGACUACGAGACCACGGCAUCAAUACAUAUUCAGAGGAGCAUUCCAUUCGAUUUCAAGAUUAAGUUGGAGCGCAGUUGGGGCACAACAUGGACAGCAAGGGACGAAAAGUUAUCGUGUGUGAUAACGGUACAGGGUUUGUAAAAUGUGGCUAUGCUGGCAGCAAUUUCCCCGCUCACAUUUUUCCAUCGAUGGUGGGACGACCCAUAAUACGUGCAGUUAAUAAAAUUGGUGACAUCGAAGUGAAGGAUUUACAUGUCGAUGAUCUUAUGGUUGGCGAUGAGGCAUCACAGCUUCGUUCACUGCUGGAGGUCUCUUAUCCCAUGGAGAAUGGCGUUGUGAGAAAUUGGGAAGAUAUGUGUCAUGUGUGGGAUUACACUUUCGGCCCCAAGAAAAUGGAUAUUGAUCCGUCAAACACAAAAAUUCUGUUAACAGAACCGCCAAUGAAUCCCACAAAGAAUCGAGAAAAAAUGAUUGAGGUGAUGUUUGAGAAAUAUAAUUUCGAUUCAACGUAUAUAGCUAUACAAGCAGUGCUGACAUUAUAUGCCCAAGGUCUCAUCUCAGGCGUAGUCAUAGAUUCUGGAGAUGGCGUAACGCAUAUAUGUCCUGUUUACGAGGAAUUCUCACUGCCCCACUUGACCCGACGCUUGGAUAUUGCGGGUCGUGAUAUAACGCGCUAUUUGAUAAAGCUACUUUUACUGCGUGGCUAUGCCUUUAAUCAUUCCGCUGACUUUGAAACGGUGCGCAUAAUGAAAGAGAAACUUUGCUAUAUUGGGUACGAUAUUGAAAUGGAGCAACGAUUGGCGCUGGAAACGACAGUGCUGGUGGAAUCAUAUACAUUACCCGAUGGACGUGUCAUUAAAGUGGGCGGCGAGCGUUUCGAAGCGCCUGAAGCCUUAUUCCAGCCACAUUUAAUCAAUGUUGAGGGCGCGGGCAUUGCAGAGUUGGCUUUCAAUACUAUACAAGCGGCUGAUAUUGAUAUACGACCAGAGCUCUAUAAGCAUAUAGUAUUAUCGGGCGGCUCAACGAUGUAUCCCGGUUUGCCCAGUCGCUUGGAGCGUGAAAUUAAGCAAUUGUAUUUGGAGCGUGUGCUUAAGAAUGAUACGGAAAAGUUGGCGAAAUUCAAAAUUCGUAUUGAGGAUCCGCCACGCCGCAAGGAUAUGGUGUUCAUUGGUGGUGCUGUAUUAGCCGAGGUCACAAAAGAUCGCGAUGGAUUCUGGAUGUCCAAGCAGGAGUAUCAGGAGCAGGGUCUGAAAGUGCUACAAAAACUGCAAAAGAUUAGCAACUAAAAAAAAAAAUGGAUAACAUUUAAUUUCGAUACAAGAGCAUUUGCAUUGCCUUUUCGUCUAAGUUGAAGUUCAUAGUCAUGUAAAGUUCAUCGCUGACCUACUGCUGAUGUUGGUUGUUGGUGGAUUCAUAGGACAUUACAGUUCUUCCAAUUUUUAAAACCCGUUAGUUAUAUAAAUACACAUUCGUAUUAUGCACAAAGUAAGCGCGUACUUUUUACACAUUAAUCCAACUGUAAGUGCUAUGUAUGUUGUUAACGUCAUGUCCAACACCAAAUCGGACCCAUGACUAAUUUGUAAUAGUUCACUCAUUAUCAAACUUAUGUUUUUUGCUAUAUCUAAUACAUUUUUUUUUGUUUAACUAAAUAUAUACAAUAUACAUAUGCAUUAUA